CUCAGACACACACUGCAUCGCUUCCUCCUCGCUCUCUCUCUCUCUCGCUUCAUCUCUGUAGCAGUCUCUGGUUGAGCAUCCAGAAGAAGGACUGCGUGUCCUGCUCCUCACGCUUGCGGCAAGCAACGGUUGUUGUUCCUAGGAUAUUUUUUUGUUCUCCUCUGCCUUAACGGUCCCGUUAAUCCUGAGAGAAAAGCUGUCGAGAGGAGAGGACGCGUUCUAGCCACCGUUCCAAAUUUAAUUAGCAUGCAUUUUACCACAGCGGCGCAUGUGAGGAUUUCGGUCAUUUACAAUUCAACUGUGUGGACAUUUUGCUGCUAACGUUGUCAGACUAAGCUAAUUAACAAGGCAAUGCUUAUCGGAAUAAACAGAGGAGGGAGACGAGAGGGGGAUAAAAUGCAGCGCUAAUCGAUACGGUGUUCACGUCAGAGAAAAGAUUGGAAUGCUGGUGGAAAACUGAUCGUCAUCUAACUCCGCACCUGAUCUUUCACUUCAAGAGGAGCGCUGCGUCCGCAGCCAUCGCAUCAAGAAUCACAGCUGGCUUUAUUUAUUUAUUUGUUGCUUUUCCUCUCAACCAUUCUGCAGCAGGGUUCUCACCCCUUUACGUCCGUGCAUCUCCUCAUCUGCCAAAAAGAAACGUGAGCGUCGUUCCUUCAUCAAGCCCGGGUCAGUUUCUUUCCCGCUCAUCCGUUUGCCUCUUUCUCUGUUUCGGCACGUCUCUUUUAUCAGCAUUAGAAUAAUCCUUUAGCCGCCGGGAUGUCUCUUAUCUCAAUUUCCGCGAUAGAGGAGCUGCCCUCUGAGGGAGAGUGGUCUUAAUAUCGUGUAAGCUCUACCUGAGCCUCGAGAGGAAAGGAGAACAAGAAAGGGAGACGCCUCCUGGCAUCUUUUUCACCUGGACCAUUUCCCUCUCGUCAAUUAAGUCCGAAUUUGCAUUCAGAACCAUUGAUUGGUGUUGCAGAAACCUUUGGGGAGGUGCAACACUUCGGAUUCCAUUCAAUAAUUGUACCAUCAGCGCAGACGAUCGCCCUUGCUUAGGUUGUUUGUCUUUUUUGGAUUUUUUUUGGUGACAAUCGCCAAGCGUGAAAACGCCUUGAGAGGAGGUCAAUAGGUUUUUUCCUUUCGGAUUUUGAAGCCAGACUUAAAAGGGAUUUGUUCUUUUUGAGGAUUUUAUCUUUUCUUUGGAAACCAACUGUGAAAGCCUUGAGGCUUCGGGUAUUGUAAAACUGCAAUCGGCUGUUUUCUACUAAAUUAUUUACUUGACUCGUGGAUAAUGAUGGACAUGGGCACUUUUCUUUGAGAUGUACUCUUUCCAACGGAUAGGACAAAUGGUGUGCGGAAGGGCCUACGGUGGGCCCUCCUGCCCCAAGCUGGAGGUGGUGUUGUUGGGCUGGGAGUUUGGAGGAAUCAGCUGGCUGGGCCUCGGCUCUUGGUGGAGACUGGCAUUUUCCCUGGCCCUGUUGACCUCGCUGCCGGACAGAACAGCCAAUGCCCGCGUGUCUUCCAGCCUGAGCACCACCCAUCACGUUCAUCACUUCCAUAACAAGCAUGGUACUGUACCCAUUGCCAUCAAUAGGAUGCCCUUCCUUACAAGAGGAGGCCACGCUGGAACCACAUAUAUUUUUGGUAGAGGCGGAGCACUCAUCACGUACACCUGGGCCCCCAAUGAUAGGCCAAGCACAAGGGCAGACCGCUUGGCGGUGGGCUUCAGCACCCAGCAGAGUGAUGCCAUCCUGGUGCAGGUGGAGAGCAGCCAGGGUCUCGGAGAUUACCUGCAAUUGCACAUUGAACAAGGGAAGGUCGGCGUGAUCUUCAAUGUGGGCACAGAUGACAUCACUAUAGACGAGCCCGCAGUCACCGUGAACGACGGCAAGUACCAUGUGGUCCGCUUUACGCGCAGCGGUGGCAACGCCACCCUCCAGGUGGACAACCAGCCCGUCAUUGAGCGCUUCCCAUUAGGGAGCAUUGAUAAUGAACGACUUGCUAUAGCCAGGCAAAGAAUUCCAUACAGACUUGGUCGGGUAGUUGACGAGUGGCUACUCGACAAAGGUCGGCAGUUGACCAUCUUCAAUAGCCAGGCAGCCAUUAAGGUGGGUGGUCAGGAUAAGGGACGGCCAUUCCAGGGUCAGAUCUCAGGCCUGUACUACAACGGGCUCCAGGUGUUGAAACUGGCAGCGGAGGGGGAUCCCAAUGUGCAGGUGUCAGGGAACUUGCGUUUGGUGGGGGACGCACCCUCCGUCCUGUCUACCGAGACCACCUCGGCCACCCCUCCAGCUGCGGCAGAUAUGUCCACCACCAUAAUGGAGACCACCACUACGAUGGCAACCACCACUACCCGUAGACAGCGCUCGCCCAGUUUGAAGGACAGUAUUACACAGAAUUCAGAUGAUCUGCUGGUGGCCUCAGCUGAGUGUCCCAGUGAUGAUGAAGAUCUGGAGGAGUGUGAACCUGGCACUGGAGGUGAACUAGUGUUGCCCAUAAUAACAGUGGACACCCAAGAUUCCCUUCCCAUGGCCACCCGUUACCCCGCCAUCCCCGCCCCUCCCACCUCCCUCACCCCUCUCCAGACCACCAAAGAGUCCCUCAUUCUAUCCGACCCUCGUCCGCCCUGCCCUCCAGACCAGGAGGACUGUGGCGACCCCAUGGAGGUGUCGGCCUUCGGCUCCGGAGAAAUGACGGAGUCCGAUGACGAGGACUUUUAUAAAAACUCCCCCAUGGUCACUGAUAGGACAGUCCUGCCGCCACCACCUGGGGUGGGCAAAAGCCCAGGCGGUCACCGCCCCCCAGUCCCUGCGCCCACCACUCACCCUAACCAGCUCCACAUCCCCGCGGGCAAAAUGAAUACCCGUGACCAGGUGCUUCUUCCCCCUGCCCCGUCCUCCCGCCACACUCCUGGGCUGACCUACCCACCUGAUUACCCUCAUGUCCCCACAGCUCACCCUACAGAUCUGAUGGAGAAGGGCCGCCCGGGUGCCGUCGAGGUGAUCAGGGAGUCAAGCAGCACUACGGGCAUGGUGGUCGGCAUUGUGGCGGCCGCCGCCCUGUGCAUCCUCAUCCUGCUUUAUGCCAUGUAUAAAUACCGCAACCGAGACGAAGGUUCUUAUCAGGUGGACCAGAGCCGCAACUCCGGCUCGGAAAGCAACGGCGCUGUCGUCAAAGAGAAGACGCCGAGCACAACCGCCGCUGUCGCCAAGACGACCACCAAGGGCAAGAAGAAUAAGGACAAGGAGUAUUACGUCUAAAGAAUGUGUGUGAGGACAAGGAGGUUAACAAGAAAGGGGCUGAGGAUUUUGAAACUUCAAAUCACCUCCUCUGCAUCCUCAAACAUUUAAGCCACACGAUCUUCUGUUUACUUCUGCAAACGUUUUUCUCCUCUUCUGCCACAGAAAGAUACAAAGGAGUGAAUGUGGAGGAGGGAACCCUGAUGAAUAGAUCCUCCCUUUCUGUCUUACAAAGCCAUUGUUGUAUGUAAUUUUAUCUCUUUCAUGUCUAAAGAAAAUCUUCCAUUACAUUCCAGAUGAUGUAAUGCUCUCUACGCUCUUGGCGAUUAAAAAUUUAUGUUUCAUGUGGCCUGGGCUUUCACAGGAGGUAACCGAACACCAUGGGCAGAGAGAGAAACCAACAUUUUUUAGUGGUAUUUUACAAGCGUCUCCAUAUACGAGCAUUCGGUGCUAUUCUUGAAUAUUUAACAUUUACAAUGAGUCCUAGACUAGCCCCCCAUUGAAGUAAUUUACGAAGAUUUAUGAAGAACAAGAAGUCUUAUCAGAUGUUUUUUGCAGGGAGACAAACAGGUGCUUGUAUCAGUUGUUGAAAAGAGGUGUCAAAUCUGACACUUUUUAGUGAGAAAAAGGUAUUUGCUUAGUGUGGCGGAUGACAUCACAGCUUGUUUUAUAUUCCUAUAGAAUUGAAAUACCAGAGAGGCCUGAAUUAAUUUUCACUUGGAUAUUUCUUGUCAGGUGUAUAAAUGAAGAUUAAACUACCCCGUCAUGAAAUACAUGAAUCUAUUUUGUUCUUUGUUGUUUGACUGCCAUGGUUUUAUAAACAGGCUUGCAUAUUAUCAGACAGCAAAGCCUGCUUGAUGUUUUGAAGAAAAAACCCUCUCUUCUGGUCAUGAUGUCUCUCACUCGCUCUCUCUCUCUCUCUCUCUCUCUCCAUGGUCCUGAAACAUUGUGAUUUGUUAGGCUACUAAUUGUGUUCCAUGCAUGAUGUAUUCACAUUCAGCUUUCGAUGAGAGUUUUUUUUUAUAUGAAAUGCAAAUCAUCAAAUUGAUAACUCUCAUCUCAUCUGGAGGAAAUGAUUUAUGAUGAGAGAGCACAACACGGACAAAAGAGACCUCAGAAAGUUAGACUGUCCUGAACUGAGCUUUCGAAAAAGAUGUUGUACCUAUGUAAAUACAGGACAUUGGCGAAAAAUACAUCAGGAUACAGGUUUGUGUGUAUUGUGCAUACGGUAUGUAUGCGUGCGAGUGCGCUUACGUGUGUGCGUAUGUGUGCGUGUUUGUCCUCGUUUGUCCUUUGGCAUGAGAAAGAUAUACGCGAGACUGCAGUACGAGAACUCUUUCUCUUGCCCAUUAUAUUCUCUAUGGUGUGAAACUAAAGCCCAAUACCCAUCAGAAUGAGACUACUACAGAGAGUGAAGCAAACAGGAUAAGGAGAUCGACUUUGGAGACUCUGUGGCAUCUCCACACAGGGAACUUAUAUAACUGCAUCGAGAUGCCAACUCACCACCCCCUAAACUUUAAAGGAAAAGGAAAUCCAUGACUUUGGAUAAAGCAGCACAACCUUGUGUCCGGACUUUUGUAUCAUGGAAGGGGAGGAAAAAAUGAAAAAAAAAAAUGGAAAAAAACAGUAUACCGUCUAGAUAUUUCUCACAUUUGAAAAUAUGGUUUUCCUGAAUUGACAUUCCUUGUUAUUACAAAGAGUUUUUUUGUUUAGUCCUUUAUCUUCGAAUAAAAAAGAAAUAUAUAUUAUUCACAGCAGAUAUUACUUCGGUUACAGGAAGUGAUUUUCAAAUGUGAAAUUCUGAAAUGUUCUUAAAAUUUGGUAAAAGCAUUACACUUAUACCUCCAUUUUGCAUUUGAGUUCUUUUGUUACGUCAUCAACGGGGCUUUUUGUUUGUGUUUUCGUUUUGUUCGUUCUUUUGAAAUAUAAUUGUCAUUUACAUAUGCUGGUCAAAGUAUAUUCCCGUUCUUAAUGUAAUUGUAAAGUGUUACUGUGACAUGAAAUCUAAAUAUGUGUACAUUGACAGAGGGAAAAAUACACUUGGUUCUAUACUUCGUACAGA